AUGCCUCGCAAUAAGUGGAUUGACAAGAAGAAUGCCACCACAUUUGCCCUGGUGCAUCGUGCCCAAAAUGACCCCCGAAUCCAUGACUCCGAUGCCCCGGACAUGGUCUUUACGGAGAUCUCGAAGCCGGGAGCUGAGCAUCAUGGUAAAGACCGAGGGUCCUUGGAGGACGAACUAGGUCUGGAUCCCGACAGCAUCCGUGCCAACGAGGGUGAAGCCGCCAACUAUGGAAUCUACUACGAUGACUCCAACUACGAUUACAUGCAGCAUAUGCGCGACCUGGGCACGUCGUCCGAUGCGUACUUUGUCGAGGCGCCUCAGCCUGCAAGCAAGCAAAAGAACAAGCCGAAGAUGAAGCUCGAGGACAUGUUGCGCGAGACCAACCUGGACGACGCCGCCGACGAUGCAAAGACGGACGCCUCGGGCAAGCCAUCUCUGCCCGAUGAAUUGUUGCCAUCCAAGAACAUGCGCCACACGUCGUAUCAAGAACAGCAGGACAUUCCCGAUGCGCUGGCUGGGUUCCAGCCGGACAUGGACCCACGACUUCGAGAAGUCCUCGAAGCGCUCGAAGACGAUGCCUAUAUUGAUGAAGGCGAGGACAAGGACAUUUUCGGCGAACUCGCCAAGGGGGGAGAGGAACUGACUGAGGAAGAUUUCGAAGACUUGAAUUGGGGCGAUGCGCCCGAGGACGAAGAAGACGAGGGCUGGGAAACCGACGAGACUGCGAAACCGGACAAGGAAUUCAAGACGGCCGCCGCGACGAAGCCUGACCACGAGUCGGCAGAAGAUGGAGAUGAGGGCCAUGGUGACGACUGGCUGCACGAAUUCCGCGAAUUCAAAAAGGAUCAAAAGGCCAACAAGGCCGCCGUGGCUGCAGCGCCCAAACCCAAGCCCGCUACCCCUUCUAUGGCCGAUGGGCUGUCUUCCAUUGUCACCGGUACUUCCGCACUUACUAGCGGCCGCCGCAAGAAGCGCAAGGGCGCAAUGACAUCGACCUCGGGUUACUCGAUGACGAGCUCGUCGAUCUUCCGCACAGAGGGCCAGACGCUGCUGGACGACCGCUUCGACAAGAUUGAAGAAGAGUACAACGAGGACGGCGACUAUGAUGAUUUCCCCGAUGACGAUACCGCGUCAGUGGUCACCGGAAUGACGGGCAUGACGGGCCAGUCGAGUGCCUCGACACAGCAGGGUCCUAUGCGUGGAGACUUUGACUCCAUCAUGGAUGAUUUCCUGGGUGGAUAUUCCAUGGCCGGGAAGAGGAGAGUGAAAAAGGGCGGAUACCAGACUGGCAUCGAGCAAUUGGACGAAGUGCGCCGCGGUCUCGGUCCCGCAAGACUAAAGUCUAAGCAACGUACUUGA